AACACGUGGUUGAAGUGAGGAAGUAGUUUCUAAACAGAGCUUGACCUUAAAAACGCAUGAAAAAUAUGCUGGCAAUAUAUGUACUGUAGUAUUGUCACUGUACAUUAUUUAAUGUAUGAGAAGUAAAUGUAGCUGCUGUUCUAAUGGAUCCUAAUCUGUUGUAUUGGAAAAGCCAAGGACAGACUUUCAUCAGUCGACUACAGAUCUGGGUUAAUCUUCUUGAUCCAACCUCUCUGCUUUCCUCUGAUGCUGAAAUACAGAGUGCCCACGCUCUUCUUGAAAGUGGAGAGAAGCAACAUGAAAAGGAUGGACAGGCAUUGACCCUUUCACUUUCAUCCGUCCACGCUGAUUCUGGUGCUGCUCUUCCACUAGUUUUCCGACCUCCAGCACUGUUGCCAAUAUCAGCACCUCUGGUUGUUGCCAGCUUUUUGCCACAUAGCAAUGUCAAACCCGCUCUGUUUUGGCAGUUUUUGCUGCAGAGUUACAGUGCUGGGUUCAACUAUGCAAACAGAAAUUCUUCAUCAGAGCAGGGUAAGAAGAUGUCUUUAAAGCAGCUUCUGUUGAUCGCUGGAACGGUUUCCUAUGCAACAUGUGCAGGGGCCCUUCCUCAAAUUUUCAUUAACCGACUUGGUGUGAGAAGCGCGCCAAUCCAGACUUUCUUUAGGUCGAUAGUACCAAUCCCACUCUCAGCUGCUCUGGCCUUCUUCAAUGUGUUUACCGUCAGAAGUGAAGAGUCAGAAACCGGGAUCCAAGUGUUUGACUCCAGUGGAAAUCCUCUCGGCUUCUCUAAAGCAGCAGGAGAGAAGGCUGUGAGGGAAACUGCUUUGUCAAGAGCGGCACUGUUUGGUACCACUGCUGCUGUUCCUAAUCUCAUGGUUUUGCUGCUACAGAGAACAAGACCUUUCCAGAGGAACUCUCUGCUGGCCGCUCCUCUCCGUCACAUAAGUGUUGCGUUUGUUUUAGGCUUGAUGAUCCCGGUCUCAUUCAGUCUCUUUCCACAACUGGGAACGAUAAGGAAGGAAAACGUUGAGCAGGAGCUGCGGGCAGCGGCGGACAACGGACAAUUAUACUACCACAGAGGACUCUGAGGAGAUGUUUUAUUUAGGAGAUUACUGGAUUAAAUGUCUUCUUUAACAUGAUGCAGAUGAAAAUGUACCAUGCAUGUAACAGACUCAAAGAUGAAACGCAGCUUUAAAACAAGCAAGAAGCUACUUUUUACUUUUAUUUAUUUAGUAGGAAUAUUCAGUGUGCCUAUGGAUAGGAAGCAUUACAUCAAUUCAUGAAAAUACAUUUAGUUUUCAAAAUUA